GCGGCGUGCGGGCGGAGCGCAUGCAAGGCAUCCACACAGCAGCGUCCACAGAGGAGCCUCCACAGGAACAAGACAUCACACAGCAAGCGGCGAAGGCGGAGAUGCUGGCGGCUAUCUUGGAGCCGCUGGGCCUGGGCCUGUGCACGUGGGGCUCCGUGCUGGUGAUGGUGGCGUGCGUGCUGCCCACGUGGAAAGUGACAGCAUUCCUGGACUCCAACAUCGUGGUGGCGCAGACCAUGUGGGACGGUCUGUGGAUGUCGUGCGUGGUCCAGUCCACGGGUCAGAUGCAGUGCAAGGUGCACGACUCCAUGCUGAGUCUGCCGCGCGACCUGCAGACGGCCCGCGCCCUGACGGUGGUCUCGGUCGUGCUGGGCGUGCUGGCGCUGGCCGCCACGUUGGCGGGGGCGCAGUGCACCAACUGCAUCCGCCAGGAGGUGCUCAAGGCCCGCGCCGUGUACGCCGGCGGCCUCGUCUACGUCAUCAGCGGCGCGCUCGUUCUGAUCCCGCUGUGCUGGAUGGCCAGCAACAUCAUCACGGACUUCCACGAUCCUAAGGUGCCUCCCUCCAAGAAGAGAGAGAUCGGGGCCGCCAUCUACAUUGGGUGGGCCGCCGCCGCGCUCCUCCUGCUGGGGGGCGGACUCCUCUGCUGCUCCUUUGGCCGUGCGGCAAGAAACCCCUACCCCGUCGAGUACACGAGCAGCGAGAAGAAGCUCUAUGUGUGAACCAAUGACUGCUGUGGACACUUGAUUAGGUACACCCUCUAAUGACUUUUGCCUGUAUGAAAUGUAAAUAUGCAAAUGAGGAUCCACUAUUUUGAUGUUUUUGUACUUUUAUAAAGCUCUUUAAAUAAA